AUACUCGAGUUAUUCGAAUAACUGUUACAUGAUUCCAAACACUAUUUCUCUGCAUAUUAAUGUAACUGUAGUACAAAUUGUGUAUAUUUAUAAUCGCGACCAACCCGUUCGUUUUAACUUUUUUUUUACGUAUUAUAAUUCUAAAAUUUAGUUUGAUUAAAUUACUUGCAUAUAUAAAAUUAUAAUUCUUAUAAUUCAAACUAAUUAGUAUGGAAAAUAAGCCAAAGAAUUUAUGGAAACAUGUUGAUGGUGAUGAAUACCAGCUUCAUGUUAUGAUUUCUACUAUUGAUUCAACUACUGAAUCAGAAGAUACAGAUGAAAGAAUAGUUUAUAUGGAAGAUUUAGAAAAAAGAAAACAAGUAUAUGGAAUAUGUGGAGAAUGUAAUGAACCUGAAGAAUGGUCAAGGUGCCGAGUACAAAGGAAUAAUGCUCUUAAUUCAACGUAA